CUCGACCGCGUCCUCGGAGCACUCUACGGUUUGAAGGGUGGGCAUGCGGCGAUAGCAAUGAGGAGCUGUGCAGAGACUAUCUAAAGACUUUACUCGGCUGAGUCCUUUAUGAUUCAGCCACAGUUCACUUUAUCACAUUAGCACCUAGUUCAAGCAGUAAGACAUGGCAGACGCCAAGCAGCCCUCUGACAAGCCCCAGAGGAAGAUGUCCACCGCAGGGGAGAGUUUAUACAAGGUGCUGGGACUGGAGAAAGGGGCUUCAGGAGACGAUAUAAAAAAAUCGUACAGAAAACUGGCUCUAAAAUACCACCCAGACAAAAAUCCUGACAACCCUGAAGCUGCAGAAAAGUUUAAAGAAAUUAACAACGCUAAUUCCAUCCUCGCCGACGAGACCAAGCGCAAGAUCUACGAUGAAUACGGUUCAAUGGGCCUCUACGUGUCCGAGCAGUUUGGAGAGGAGAGUGUCAAAUAUUACUUCCUCAUGUCCAAGUGUUGGUUCAAGGCUAUGGUCAUGUGCUGUGCAGUCUUCUCGUGCUGCUGCUGUUGUUGCUGCUGUUGUUUCUGCUGUGGAAAGUGCAAACCACCAGAGGAUGAUGAGAACUACCAGUAUGUGGACCCAGAAGACCUGGAGGCACAGAUCAAAGCGGAGCAGGAUGGAGGAGGUGAAACAAUAAUUAUUGUCCAGCCUAUAUCUAGCCCUGGUCCAGAAAUCUCCAGUGAAAUUUUACCGGAUUCAAAAUGACUUUGGGACGGUGAUUUGGAAGAGCUGCAUCAGGGAAGGGAGGCUCAAGUAUCCCUAUUUUGAUCAACACCUCCGAGUUCACACAUUUUGCCUCCAGCCAGCCCACGUACACCGCCCAGAAGUGAGCCGCACGCCUGCUCGUCACCAAAGGGGUCCCGCUCACGAACACUUGAGACCCCCGAUGUAGUGUGACGGGCAUCAUGGCACAGGGCAUCUAAACCCUGCCGCCACGCCAUACCCUGAUUUUGACCCACUGGAAGCAAGCGGCAGUUUGCCAAAAGACAGAAACCUCUGCCAAGCUCACUUUAACUGUGUGUCCGUUGGUGUGUUUGUCCAUCUGCCUGUCUAUACCACACAUUGAUCCAAUCACAAAUUAAUAUAGCUGGAAGACUGGUGCCAUCGGGCUGCGCUCCAGGAGGGGGUGGGGUUUAUUUUGGGGGUUUUCGAAUAUUUAUUUAUUUUUUUAUUUCUUGCUCCGGGUUCGUUUCUGUGUUAGACGCAUGGAUGUUAGUGGAAUGUUCACGCGAGUGCAUGCCGAACAAUAGCAGCAUGCCUCUGAUAUACAGCAUUUGAACAUAUAGGAACACAAGCCCCCCUCCUAAUCAAACAUCAAGGAGUCUCAGCUUGCCGCUUUUUCAUUUUGCUUUUGUAGACAGGAGAAUUCAGGUCUGAGGACACCUCAGAUGCAUUUCGGUCGUCGUAUGCAAAAAAUAAACAUAACUAGUGAGUUCUCCUGACCAAAGCCAUGUAAACGCCUCAAGCAUCAACUGACAUGCGACGGUCGUACGUUUCCCUAAAAUUAAAACACUUGAAACUGUCGGUGAAAGGCGUUUUUCUAUGCACUUUUUCUUUCCAGUACCUACAUAGGAAACUUUAAAUCAGCAAUGCCAAUUUAGUUGCUUUAGCCUUUACGGCUACGUAUCAAUCGCAAAGGCUACGACAUCUGUACGUGUGGUUUGUUUUCAUUUGUUAAAUGGGGCUGAAAUGGGAACAAGCGAUUUUGGUGAAUGCUAUGCCAAAUCGCAUCUGUUUUCUCUUUGCUGUAAGUUCAUAUGACAAAAUGCAAAUAUUUUUAACAAUCUUAUUUAUUUUUAAUAUAUCAGCGUUGAGAUUAACGUGUAUGUCAUUCUCCGACUGAAUGCACUGUGUAAACUUGAAACUCAAGAGCCUCAUGAUUUUAGCAAUAAGGAAAUGCCCAUCGUGUUAAAUGUGAAGGACCCGACGUUAGCCGGGUUACUGUGAGAAACCCUAUAGAGUCAAAGCACUAGAGUAAAUGCCAAAUGUUGUUUUUCUUUAGAGUGUUGUUCCGAUAGCAAUAGUAAAUACUUCCGUGCUAAAUUGUAGGCUGUUUUGUUUCAGUGUGCCAAUAGAAAUAUGUCGUCAUUUCAAAUAGUUGUGUGGUCAUCUGUCAGUUCUUGUUGUCAUAUUUGCAGGGCAUUUUCUUAUAGCCAAGUUUUUUUUGUAAGGAUUGAUGUUGCUUUCCCUAAAUAAACUUUUAACAUUUUGAACAUUCAUUAGAAAGCAGUGGGAUGGGAUCGGCUGUCUUUCAGUUAUUUUUGGUCUGUGGUACAUUUCCAUGCUUGAUGGAUCAAUUUAUCUCCAUUUCUGCAAUCUCCAUUUUUUUUACCUGUACAUUGUUGGCACUUGUUUAGGGUGCAAGUGAUAAUUCUGAUUUGAAGCAUAUAAGAAGGCCUCUUCACCGGUGCACAUUGAGUUUUAUAAUAACUGAUGAGGGGGGACACUUGCCAGUUAUUAGGGAUAUAACCACAGAACAACAUGAUGUGUCCACGGUACGAUUACUGCUCUACCAUUACUUCCUCCAGUUUUUACUCGACGUGAUUUGUUAUGCAUCGCACAUUUCAUCAUCUCUUUAUAUUAUUGAAUCUGAAUAAAUUAAAUGAAUGGGGAUUUCU